AUGAGCAGCCAAAGAACGACGAUAGCCAUCUUCUUCAUCGCCUCACUUUUUAUCCUUCAAUUUGUCAGUGCCGAUAACAGGUUUGUAAAUCUUCUCCAUAUAGAUUUUCAGCAUAAGUAGAUAGAUUUUCUAGCUAGUUCAAGUUCUGGACUAGAAACAUUUUAUAUACAUAGAUUCAUGAGAAUCUGAAUGAAUUUUAUGAAUUUUUAAAUUGUUUCCGCAUUUAGAGUAAUUUUCAUGAGAAAAUGAAAAAAAUAGAGAUGAAUAAGGAUAAUAAAAAGGGCAUUCUUUCUCCAAUAAGAUGCCUAUAUUUUUCAUUUUCUCUUUUAAUUAACGAAUUGUGAGUCAUAAAGUUGAGCGAAAGAUUGAUGUGAUACAAUAAUGAAAUCCUUUUCCUUUUUCUUUGGCUCCCUAUUUUCCCAAUAUUUGUUCUGCAUCUAGCAAAAAACAACACUCACUUAGGAUUAUUGAAGUUCACAGAAAAACUCAGUGUUCAACAAACCAUGAAUUGACGUAGUAACUCGAAAUGUUUCAAAAAUGUGAAAUGAAAUGGAACAAUUAUAAAGCUAGCACAAAAAUGUUAAUUGAAAAUUGAAAUAUUUCUGCAAAAAAAUGUUUUAAUUACAGUGAAGAGGAAGCUGAGUAUAGCGCGGACAAAUAUCAAAGAAUAGCAAGAGCACCAAAGCCGAAGUUUAUUCGAUUCGGAAGAGCUGGAGCAAAAUUCAUUCGAUUUGGUAGAUCUGGUGCAAAUACUUGGGUAAAAUAUAGAAUCAAACAAACUUUGGACUUUUUUUGAUUAGACAAAUUACCUAGACGUCAUAGAUGUCCUUAUAUUCUAUGCAAAGACAUCUUCAUCUAAUAAAUUAAUUUUUUUUUCUUUUUUCAUAUAUAUAAAAAAUAUAUAUAUUUCUAAACUUUGUUUCUUUCAGGAUGAUGAAUAUGUUGCACCAUCAAAUGAAGUAUAUGUGAAAAGAGGAGCCAAAUUCAUCCGAUUCGGAUAA